AUCGUGUCCAAGAACGCUAUGCAGUACCGUGGGAAUGCCCAGCAUGAUGCACAGGAGUUCCUGCUUUGGCUGCUAGACAGAGUCCAUGAAGAUCUGAACAAUGUAGUGAAUUACAGUGGCAUGCCUCCACUCAAGCCACCGCUGGAGGAUGACGUGCUGCUCGAGGGACCAGCCUUUCCAAUCAGUAGUACUUUUGUGCAGGAACUCUUUCAAGCCCAGUACAGGUCCUCUCUGACGUGCCCUCAUUGCCAGAAGCAAAGUAACACCUUUGACCCUUUUCUCUGCAUCUCUCUGCCGAUUCCUUUGCCUCAUACACGGCCACUCUACGUCACCGUGGUGUACCAGGGGAAGUGCUCUCACUGCAUGCGGAUCGGGGUGGCGGUGCCUAUCUCUGGAACAGUGGCCAGGCUGCGGGAGGCUGUCUCCUCAGAGACCAAGAUACCCACGGAGCAGAUUGUGCUGACGGAGAUGUACUACGAUGGGUUUCAUCGUUCCUUUUGUGAUACUGAUGACCUGGACACCAUUCAUGAAAGCGACUGCAUUUUUGCAUUUGAGACCCCCGAGAUAUUUAGGCCUGAGGGUAUCCUUAGUCAGAGAGGAAUACAUGUGAACAAUAACCUGAAUAACUUGAAAUGUGGCACUGAGCACACCCGAACAAUAUCUCACUCCUUAGGAACAGUGAAGUCUGGAAAACUGGAGCAGUCCUCUACUAAACCAGCAGCAAGUGACAAGAUUGUCUUGCUGGUGUGUAACAGAGCGUGCACUGGACAGCAGAGCAAAAGGUUUGGCUUGCCCUUUGUGUUGCAUUUGGAAAAAACAAUUGCUUGGGAUAUUCUGCAGAAGGAAAUUUUGGAGAAGAUGCAGUAUUUCCUGCGGCCUGCAGCCUGCAUGCAGGUUUGCCCAUUCAGCUUGCGAGUGGUCAGUGUUGUGGGCAUAACAUACUUGCUACCUCAGGAGGAGCGACCCCUCUGCCAUCCAACAGUGGAAAGGUCAUUGAAGUCAUGUGGACACGGGGGAACUGCUCAUGUGAAAUUAGUGGUAGAAUGGGACAAAGAAACUAAAGAUUACUUGUUUGUGAAUACGGAAGAGGAGUAUAUUCCAGACUCUGAAAGUGUCCGCCAGCAGAGAGAGCUUCAUCAUCAACCUCAGACCUGCACUUUAUCUCAGUGUUUCCAACUGUACACCAAAGAGGAGCAGCUUGCCCCAGAUGAUGCAUGGCGAUGCCCACACUGCAAGCAGCUGCAGCAGGGUAGCAUCACACUGAGCCUCUGGACCUUACCUGAUGUUCUCAUCAUACAUCUCAAAAGGUUUAGACAGGAAGGAGACCGAAGGAUGAAACUUCAAAACAUGGUUAAAUUCCCCCUGAGUGGCUUGGACAUGACUCCUCAUGUUGUUAAACGCAGUCAGAGCAGCUGGAGUCUGCCAUCUCACUGGUCACCCUGGCGGAGACCUUAUGGUCUUGGAAGGGAUCCUGAGGACUAUAUCUAUGACCUGUAUGCUGUCUGCAAUCAUCAUGGCACCAUGCAAGGGGGCCACUAUACAGCGUAUUGCAAAAACUCGGUUGAUGGCCAGUGGUACUGCUUUGAUGACAGUGAUGUUCAGCAACUUCCUGAAAAUGAAGUCUGCAAACAGACAGCUUAUAUUCUUUUCUAUCAGAGACGCACAGCGAUCCCAUCAUGGUCUGCUAACAGCUCUGUGGCAGGCUCCACAAGUUCCUCGCUCUGUGAGCACUGGGUCAGCCGUCUUCCUGGUAGCAAGCAGCCCAGCAUUGCUUCAGCAGCAUCAUCGCGGCGCACGUCUCUGGCUUCGCUCUCGGAAUCGGUAGAACUGACUGGGGAAAGGAGUGAAGAUGAUGGAGGAUUUUCAACUCGUCCUUUUGUCAGGAGUGUCCAGCGUCAGAGCUUGUCAUCUAGAUCUUCUGUCACCAGCCCACUGGCAGUGAGUGAAAACGGUGUCAGGCCCUCGUGGUCACUCUCUGCAAAACUGCAGUUGCGCUCCAACUCUCCAUCCCGCUUCUCUGGAGAUUCCCCUGUACAUACCUCUGCUUCCACCCUGGAGAAGAUUGGGGAGGCUGCUGAUGAUAAGGUCUCCACCUCUUGCUUUGGCAGCCUGAGGAAUCUCUCUAGCAGCUACUUGGAGCCCUGUGAUGGCAGUCGUCGAGAGCACAGGACAGCUCGCAGAGCUCCUUUGGCUGUCAUGGAAGGGGCAUUCAGGGAAGAGUCUGUUGUAAGGACAUCUAGCUCAGAUCUUUCAGAUGGUUAUGGUAAAAGCUCUGUACAGCCAGACAGGAAUCACCCUGCUUUGGAUCCUUUUGAUAACAACAAUCAAAUCGCCUAUGUUGAUCAGAGUGAUUCUGUGGAUAGCUCUCCAGUCAAGGAGGUGAAAGCCCCCAGUGGGACAGGGCUGGCUGCAGAGAAGGCAGAUGGCACCCCUAAGAAGGUUCACAGCUCCAAGGGAGUUUCUGAGCCAGACAGAAGUUUGAGGAAGGGGAGGACAGUCUUAUCUACCCAAGAGACCAAAGUCUCUCACUCUUCUCCUCCAUUAAAGAGUUCCCAGAAAGUUUCCCGGUCUAGAAGUAAGACGGACUCCUCUAGGGCCAGUGGGCGACAUGGGUCUCCUGCUCCUACUCAGGCUAGAAAGGACCAUAGCGUGAAGCCCCUUGAAGUGGCUGUCCCAUCAGCUCAACAGAAGCAGAAAUCAUGUUCUUCUGCAUCUUCCACAGCUGCCAAGAAAACCCCAUCAGGCUCAUUGACUAAGGGCUCUUCUGGGAAGAGCCGGACUUCAGAGCGAAGCCUCAGCAGAGAGGGGUCUAAGAUAAGUCUGGGGUCGGAUAAAACGAGUGUUACCAGCAGUUCAAGAACGAGCUCUCCACGGAUAAGCCACUCCAGGAGUGACAGCAGGGCAGUAGACAGCAAGCAUGUCCGGAGUUCUUCUAUGGCCAGCCUGCGGUCUCCAAAUGUUGGUGUGCGUUCUGGUUUGAAGAGGGACAGCAAGUCAGAAGAGAAAGGAUUGUCUUUCUUUAAAUCAGCCUUACGGCAGAAGGAGACCCGGAGGUCAGCAGACCUGGGAAAGACAACGAUGCUCUCAAAAAAGACAGCGAGCGGCAGUUCCAAGUCAGGCAGUAAAAACGUGCUGGAGGACAAAUUGGAGAAAGGUAUUGUCCCACCAGCCUCUCAAACCGAUGCCAACGUUAGUGCAAAAGAAAAACUUGUCCCAAAAGAUGCCGCACCCAGCAAACAUCCUCUGCUCUCCAGUCGCAAGUCCAAGUCUUCCCAGCUAGAUCCCGGAGUCCAGUGUCCUCCUUGCAGUGGCAAGCAGUCUGCUGAGAAGCCACUGAAAAAAUUACCUUCCAGCAUGCAGGUGUCUGUACGGCCUUCUCUGGAACCUCAGUGA